AUGCCCUCCCUCUCCCUCCUCGCAACCCCCGCCCCCUGGCACAUCCUCGCCUACGGCACCCUGCUAGGCACGACCUUCUUCCAGUCCUUCGUCGGCGGCAUCGUCGCCUUCCGGUGCCUUCCCCGGCCGCAAUUCUCAACGCUCCAGCAGAACAUCUUCCCCGUCUACUUCGCUUUACAAACCGCGCUGCCCGCCGCGCUCGUAUUUACGUAUCCAGCAACGGUGCUUGGAUCCGGGGGCUGGAGCGCGGCGCUCGAUAAUGCCGCCGGGGGCGGUGGCGCGGGCGUGAGUAUACUGGUUAUGUUUUUGGGUGGGUUGUUAAAUGCGGCGGUGUUGGGUCCGGCGACUACGAAGUGCAUGCGCGAGAGGAAGCACCAAGAAACCCGCGACGGCAAGAAAUCCUACGACGCGGGCCCGCACAGCGACGCGAUGCAACGGCUCAACAGCCAGUUCAGCCUGCUGCACGGGCUGAGCUCGCUCGUCAACAUGAUCGCGCUGGGCGCGAUGGUGUGGUAUGGGCUGGUGCUUGCUGAGAGGCUGUCACUAUAG